AUGAAUAUCACGCUAAAUGAGGAGCAGCUGUCCAAGGGACGAGCUCUUGCCAACCGCUGGAAGCCCGCAAAGUUGCUAAGAAUCCUUGCAAAAAACCCCCGUACCAUACAAAAUGGAACCCUCGAUUUUGAAGAGGGACAUAUGCCACAGGUCCUCAGAUUCAAGGAACAGGAUACGAAAGGCUUGGGUAAUUUGAAAUGUCUUCCGAACGAAAUCGUGGACAUGAUUGUCGACAGAUUGAAUAUGCCUAGUGCUAUAAGUCUGUCAUACGUCAACCGCGCUGCCAAUUUCUUUGUUGGGAAAAGCCCCGUGCCAUUUCUGAGGCGCUGGGCUCCUGGCCUGCCGAAGCUUCUUAAACAAACCCAGAUCGAUAAGAUUUGGACCAUUCGUGAGCUCAAAGACGCAAUUCGCCGUGAAAAGUGCGUGGUAUGUGGCGACUUGUGUGUCCAACUCUAUCUUCCGACGAUGGAACGAAUCUGCCAUCCAUGUAUGCACGACAACCAUGCAUACUGGUGCCUCCCCGUGGAACAGGCGGCCUUGAUUUUCGGCCUUGACCUGCCCGAUGUCAUUGAUCAUCAAACCAUGUACCUGCCGAGGCUGAGCAGGGAUGGCUGUGAUUUGGGAGAUCUUAGUGCCUGGGUUGUUCCUGUCAAAGUGGCGCUGACCAGGGCCCUGGAGCUGUAUGGCACCCGCAAGGCUAUUAAGCGCGCUGCAGAAGGCCUCCUGUCAGGUAUUGACGAAUCUGAGGAAGAUGACACCUCUGAGGACGAUGAAUUUGUGGUUGAAAAUCAGCAUGACGUUUAUCGCGCUGCUUCGUUGUCCACCCAUUCAGCCCCACUGCGUUCGCUUGGCUUAUUAGAAAGGCAGCAAAUGCAUAUUUACCAUCAUGACGUUACCUGUCAGGUGCCCGUUGUCCCUUACGGGAGUACACGCAAAAUUCUUCAGCUGUGCCGUGGUUGCACUGCCAUGCUCACACACACCAGACUAAAAGACAUCGAGGAUAGCCAUAUGAGGAUGAUGGGGCUUGACCCUAAGCUCGACAGGUUUGAACGAGCGUUUAAGAUCUACCGUCGCGCUUUUCGCGUGCGGACUGAGGCCGAGAUGGUUGAGCAUGUUCGAACCGAGUGCGUCGGGGGUUGGACCCUGAUCUGUGCUGAGCAUCGGAAUGAAGAGACAUAG